ACACCAUUGGAAAGAGCGUGUGGCAUCGGCCAAGCUCCUUCGACUGUGUUGAUAGGCAGAACUUGACGUCCAUCGUGUUGGCAAAUCAUCAUGGCAAUUUGAACAAUACGAGGGGCAACAGACUUCAGUUCAGGGUUGUGAUUUGACACAUGACCCUUUUUCCCUCCCCUCCCCAAAAGCUAUGCAGUGCAGUGGACUGCAAGAGAACCAAUGACCAGGUCGUUGGGUUUAACUUACAGAGGAAAAAGCUGUGCCAGUCGCAGCACAAUGACGUUGUAGUCAUCCUGGCCCCAUGUAUUCCAUAUUGGCUUAUCUCUCUUUUGUUCUUGUUCUUGAUUCUCAGCGGCUGCGCCAGUUGGCGACAAGUAGACGAUGGUAAACUGUAGGAAGCACUAACGUUAGGGAUCCACUGUCCAUGCCCAACGCCAGGUUUCGUUCUAUUAUGCGUACGAUCGUCAGGCCAUGCGUAUUUC